AUGCUCCACAACUUUCAGUACCUCUUUCUGGAUUGCUGUAUUCAGCAGCAUCGUUCUUAUCGUUUCCUUCUUCGAACUCUGCCAAGUAGCGGAAAUAGUCCGCUUUCCUUUCUCGGUUUUAGACGGUCAUUCGCGAGUCUCAUUCCUAAGCAAAAGCCGUAUGACCCCCUUCGAGCGGCCGUCAUAAGUAGGACAGGGAAAUCAGGAAACGAAAUGCUACGGGGUCUAUUCACCACUGUCGAACUUGGGGACAGAUCGCCAUCACAAAUGCUUCGCCACAUGCGUAGUCUCCUCUGCGGCCGUAAGCUAGCGGUGGAAAUCAUGGCCCAACUAUGGCCGGCUCGACAAACUUCCACCCUCCAUGUUCCACGUCAUCAGCGCUUUCGUUGA